AUGGUGGCAGAUUGCUCCUCGAUGGAGUUGAAGGAAAUGAUUGGGCCAGGGGACCUAAUUGCAUUCGUUGUUGUAGCUUAUCUCAGAUUCAUUAUCAAGCUCCUGCCCAACGACCUUCGGACCGUGGAUAUGGUGGUCCAAAAGAAAGCCCGACGAGCUGUAGCCACACGACCGGGAAAUCGCCAUACUCCUCGCGCUACCAUCCCAUUCCUCCGCGAAGCUUCAUCUAUCUUCGUUGGAAGUGAAGCUGAGAAAGUUAUAAACCUAGCACAAUACAUAUCUAGGGUUUGA